AUGCUGGUGGCGCAGGAGCCGGUGAGGCGCAAGCUGCGCGCCGAGCACAACGAGGUUCUCGGAAACGACCUGACUGGGGCGAGCGCAACGCUCAUAGAGUCGCCGUGCUUGCUGAACUUUCUCCUCUACACCAGCAGCGUCAUCAAAGAGCCGCUGCGUCUCCACCGGGCCCCUAUGCCCUUGCGGGACGGCCAGUCGCACCAGGAGGUCGUCGACAGGGAGACGACGGGGGACCGCUAUACGACCGACGGGUUCAUACUCUGGGACGAACUCCGUUCGCAGUCCCGGUCCGAGGCGUUUCAGGCCCGCGCCAACGAGUUCGUGCCGGAACGCUGGGCGACGAAGGACGAGGGCGACCCGCUGCAUCCGAAGAAGCAUUCGUGGAGGAUUUUCGGCCUCGGCAACCGGAACUGCACUGGGCCGGAGCUCGCGAUGAUAGAGAUGAAGCUGAUGCUGGUGUUCCUGGCUCGGGAGACCGAGAUAGACUGGGUCUAG